AUGGUUCUAGGAGAGGUUGUUGCUGGGAGGGACAGUGACUUGCAGGAUCAGGAAGGGGCAGGAGAUGAGGUGGAGAUGGGGGAGGUGAGAGAAGCGGAAAGAGGAGAGGCUGAUGGGGUGGAAGAUGGUGAUUUCGUUCUUGGUGAUUCGGGAAUGGGGGAUGUGAGGGGGAAUACGGAGCGAGACAGGUCGAUGGGUGCGCAGGCAGCAGCUGGGAGAGGGGUGGAAGGAGGAGACGGGGGAAGGGAUGAGGGCCUAGGAAAGGGGCUUGUGAGUGUGAGUUGGCAGCAGGCUCAGGCGCUGCUGUUAACGCAUGACACAGCAGCUCCAGAUGAUGAUGGGGAGGAGGGGGGAGAGGAGGGGGGAGAGGAGGAGGUGGAGGAGAUUGAAGAGGAGGGGAGGAAGGAGGAGAAGCACGGGGAUGCGGCAGGUGCAGCAGGAGGGGGAGAAGGAGAAGGAAGAGUAGGAAGAGGAGGAGAUGGUGGGGGUUCAGCUGAGGGAGUAGUGGAAGGGAGGGCAGGGCGUGGGUGGGGACGAGGAGGGAGAGGAGGAGGGCGGGAGGGGAUGAGAAUGGCAGGUGGUGGGGGAGGGGGCGGUGGAGUGCUUGGGAGGGGACAGGGACGGGGAAAGGGUGAGCGAGGGUAUGUGGAGAGAGGAGGGGUUGGAGAGAGAGCAAGGAGAGUGGGGCAUGGGGGAGGGCAUGGGGAGGAGGUGAAGGAGGAAGUGGAUGGGGAGGAGAAGGAGGAAGAGAGGGUGGUGAAUAGGCUUAGGCCCAGGCGGUGUGCUGUGGUGGUGGUGGAAGGUAGGAGGAAGCAGGAGAAUGGGCCUGCGCAUGGUGAUUGUAAGGAGGGUGUGGGUUCCCCUUUUGCUGCUGCUCAGGCUGCUCUUCGUGCGGCUGUUGGUGCUGGUGGUGGUGCUGGUGGUGAUGCUGUGGGGAGUGGUGGUGCAGUGGAGGAGGGGACGAGGCAGGGGGUAGGUGGAGUAGAGGGUGUGUUGAGGCAGCUGCAGCUGCUGCGGCAGGAGAGGGAGCUAUCGCCUGUUGUGGAGGAGUUAGAAGAUGAGCAGUACUGGGAGUGGUGGGGGGGCGCGGAGGUUGAAGAGGAGGGUGAGGAGGGUGAGGAGGGUGAGGAGGGUGAGGAGGGUGAGGAGGGUGAGGAGGGAGAGGGGGGAGAGGAAGGAGAGGAGGGAGUUGAGGGAGUGGAGGGAAGGGAGGGACGAGAGAGCAGUGGAAGAGAGGAAGAAAGGGAGGGAGGAGAUGAGGAGGAGGAUAAUAGGAAUGAGGGGAAGUUGAUGGACGGAAGGAGGGUGGAGGUGGAGGAGUGGGCGGGUGGGAGGGGGCAUGUGGUGGGUAAGGGGAUGAAGAGCCAGGGAGUGAAGAACCAGGGAGUGACAAGCAGUAUCAAACUGGUUAGUGGGUAUGAUUAUUACCGUGGGAGGGAGGUGGAAGAGGUGGGGGAAGGGGAUAGAGUGCGGGGGAAGAAGAAGAAGAAGAAGGGUGGGGGAGCUAAGGCGAGAAAGUCCCUGAGAGCAGCGAGGAAGGCGCAGAAGAGAGGGAAAGGGGGGAGGUUCGUGAAGAUGGGGGAGGGGAGCGGUGCGGGUGGUUUGGGUGGGAGGAGUGGAAGAGGGGGGGCGCGUGGGAUGGAGGGUGGUAGAAGGGAGGAUGGAGAGGAGAAUGAGGAUGGUGGUGGUGAUGGUGAUGGUGAUACGAGCGAUGGUGGGAGCGAUGAUGUUGUGAUGGAAGGAGGUUCGAAUGCGGGGAGUAUGGAUGUUGAGGAGACGGAGGAGGAGGAGGAGGAGGAGGAUGAGGAGGAGGAGGAAUCAGAGGAGGAUGAUGAUGUGGUGCCGCAUAGGGAGGAGACUGAGGAGGAGAGGCAGCGGCGGCUGGAGCAAGAGGACUCGGUGCUGCUGAGAUACCUGCAAGUGAAGGAUGCACGGGAGGUGGUUGAGUCCCAUCUCUCCCUGUUUCCCUCCCUUUCUCUUCCCUCUCUCCCCCGCCUUCCCCUUCUCAACUUUUGCCUUUCUCUUCCACCUUUCCCCUCUGUAUUUCCCUCUCGGCCCCCCUCUCCCUCCUGCUCUUCCCCCUCCCUCCCCUCUCUGGCCUGGCCCUUCUUCCCUCCCCGCUCCUCCCCUUCCUCCCCGCUUCCCUCCCCCCUUCUCUACCUGCAGCGGCGGCGCAAGGCGGGCAUAAACCGGCGGGUGCCGAAGCCGCAGCAGGAGCCGGUGCAGGCACGGGCGCACUGGGAUGCGCUAUUGGACGAGAUGGCAUGGUUGUCCAAGGAUUUUGACAAGGAGCGGCGGUGGAAGGUGGGGCAGGCGAGGAAGACGGGUGCGCGUCCGUCCCUUGAUAUCUGCUCAAUCCCGCUCACCCCCCUCAACUCAACCCACACCCUACUCUCUGCGUGCCGGCAGGAUUUUGACAAGGAGCGGCGGUGGAAGGCAGGGCAGGCGAGGAAGACGGGUGCGCGGGUGUGCCGGGCCAGAAAUGACCUGGAGCUACGCGGGGAGAAGAAACUCAAGGAGGAGGAGCAGCGAGUGAGGCGGGUGGCGAGCGGCAUAGCCAAGGAGGUGAAGCGGUUCUGGAUGAAGAUCGAGAAGCUGGUGGUGUACAAGCACGAGCUUCAGGUGGAGGAGAAGAAGAAGAAGGCCCUGGAUAAACACCUGGACUUUCUCCUGGGACAGACUGAGAGGUAUUCCUCUCUUCUAGCGGAGAACCUUGCUGCUGACAACGAGGAGGGAGAGGAGAGAGAAGAGGGGGAGGUGGGGGAGGAGGGGGAAGAAGGGGAGGAGGUGGAAGAAGGGGAGGAGGGUGAGGAGGGAGAGGAAGAUAUGGAAGGAGUAGAGGUUGAGGAGGGAGGCGAGAGUGAUGUGGAGGGGGAUACAGGGGAGGGGCACGAGGGGGAGGAAGAGGAGGGGGAAGCAGAAGAAUUGGAGGAGGUGGAGGAAGAGGAGGAAGUGGAAGGAGAGGAGGGCGCGGAGGUGGAGGAGUGGGAAGAGGUAGAGGAGGGUGAAGUGGGAGAGGAGGGAGAGGAGGAAGAGGACGGUGGGGCAGUGGGUACGGAUGCGGAGUGGGAUGAGGAGGGGGGAGAGGGGGAAGCAGGGGAGGAUGAGGAUUUUAGAGGGGGGAGUGAUGAGGAGAUGGAGGAGCAGCGCCGACAGGUGAGAGGACGCCCACACUCAUCAUACCCACCACCACCACCACCACCACCACCACCACCACCACCACCACCACCACCACCACACUUCUGCUUCCCACGCCCACACCAUACCCACACUCCCUCCUUCCGCCCCACACCCCCACAAUUCACCCUCCCUCACCUAGAUAUCUACGAGAGGGAGAUGAUGCAUGAAAAGCAUGAGGAAUCUUAUCUUUCCUACACCUGCAGUUCACUCACUCACACUCCCUUUCCCCCCUCCCUCCUCUCCCCCCUUGGGCACCAGGAGGAGUACGAGAGGGAGAUGAUGCAGGAGGAGGAGGAGGUGGGCGAGGAGGAGAGGGAGGCGGAGCUAGCAGCGCUGGCGGACGACAUGGACCAGCCCCUGGACAGCAUUCUCGCCGCCUACCAACAGCUAGCAGCGCUGGCGGACGACAUGGACCAGCCGCUGGACCGCACCCUUGCUGCCUACCAAGUUACCAACAUGAAAGGAGGAGAGGACAGUGACGAGGAGGAGCAAGAGGAGGAGGAGGAAGAUGAGGAAGAAGAGGAGGAAGAGGAAGGGGAUGACGAGGGGGAAGAAGAGGAGGGAGAAGAAGAGGAGGAGGAAGAGGAGGAGGAAGCGGAGAAUGAGGAAGAUACAGAAGAAGGAAAGGGAGACGGGCAGGAUAGUUCCGUGCAGCUUGCUAAGUCACAUGAGGUGAUGGGGAACGGGGUGAAGGAGGAACAGCAAAAGGUGAAGGAGGAAGCAGGGGUGGGUGGUGAGGGGGAGGCGGAAGCGGGUGUGGGAAAGAGUGUGGGAGUGGGGUUGGGAGGUGAGGCUGUGAAUGGUGUUGAGGAAAAGCAGGAAGGAGUUGUGGGGAAAGGAGAGGGAAGAGCAGACGUGGUUAUGGCGAGAGGGGAUGGGGGUGGGCUGGAUGGGGAGGAGAGCUCCAAGAGAAGAAAGGUGGCGGGGAAGAGUGGGGGUGGAGAGGAUGUUGGGGAUGUGGGGGGAAGUGUUGCAGCAGAGGUGGAAGGGGAGGAGGAAGAGGAGAAGGAGGGUGGUCGUGCAGAGCAUGGUGUGGGAAAGGGGAAGGAAGUGGAGGAAGAGGAAGAAGGGGGAGAAGAGGGGGAGAGGGAGGAAGGGGAGGAGGACGACGACGACGAUGAUGAAGCGGAUGCAGGGGAGGAAGCAGAGCACAGGCGCAAGGGCAAGGGGAAGGACAAAGGAAAGGGGAAAGCGAGCGAGGAGGAGCAGUGGAGAGACGCAGCAGCUGCGGCAAGCGCAGCACAGCCCACAGGGCACACCAUGUCCACCACCAAGGUCAAAACCAAAGUGCCCUUCCUGCUGAAGCUCCCGCUCCGCGAAUACCAACACAUUGGCCUCGACUGGCUGGUAACCCUCUACGAGAAGAAACUCAACGGGAUUCUCGCAGACGAAAUGGGGCUGGGGAAGACCAUCAUGGCGAUCGCACUCCUGGCGUAUCUGGCGUGUGAGAAGGGCCAGUGGGGGCCGCAUUUGGUGGUCGUGCCGACGUCUGUGAUGCUCAACUGGCAGAUGGAGCUCAUGAAAUGGUGCCCUGCGUUCAAAGUCCUCACGUACUUCGGCUCGGCGAAAGAACGCAAGGCGAAGCGGCAGGGGUGGAGUAAGCCGAAUUCCUUCCACGUGUGCAUCACGACGUACCGGCUCGUGGUCCAAGACGCGAAGGCGUUCCGGCGGAAGAAGUGGCGGUAUCUGAUUCUCGACGAGGCUCACCUGAUCAAGAACUGGCGCUCGCAGCGCUGGCAGACUCUGCUGAACUUCAACGCGAAGAGGAGGAUUCUGAUCACGGGCACGCCGCUGCAGAAUGAUUUGAUGGAGCUGUGGGCGUUGAUGCACUUCCUCAUGCCGCACGUGUUCCAGUCGCAUGCGGAGUUUAAGGACUGGUUUUGUAAUCCCAUUUCUGGGAUUGUCGAGGGAGGGGGAGCGGGUGGAGCGGCAGGAGGGGCGGGUCAGGGGUCCACGGCAGCAGGGGAGGCAGGAGGAACAGCAGCCGGAGCAGCAGGAGGAGCGGCAGCAGCAGGACCAGCAGCGGCAGACACAGGCAUGGCAGGGAACCCCGAGGUGAUCGACCGAUUACACAACGUUCUACGGCCGUUCCUUCUCCGCCGGCUCAAAUGCGAUGUGGAGCGAUCCCUCCCUCCCAAGUACGAGCACGUGGUCACAUGCCGGCUGUCCCGGCGUCAGAGGCAGCUUUACGAGGAGUUCAUGGCUCGGUCUGACACGCAGGCGACGCUCGCGAGUGGGAAUUUCCUGGGGUUGAUUAAUGUGCUGAUGCAGCUGCGGAAGGUGUGUAAUCAUCCGGAUUUGUUUGAGGGGCGGCCGAUCGUGUCGUCGUUUGAUAUGAGCCCGCCGCUGGUGCUGCCGCUGCCGUCGCUGGUGGUGGGGGUGGGUGCGGGGGGGAGUGGGGUUGGGAGGGCGAUGCUUGGGGCUGCUGCGCUGGGGGCGAGAGGCGGGGGGGAGAGGUGGGGUGUGGUGGAUAGCUGGUGGGUGGGCGGGGAGGGGAUGGGGAGGAGGGGUGUGCGGGACCACACAGGGUGGGAUGCCCGCGCCGUGCCCCCCUCCUUCACCUGCUCGCACACCCUCCCGUGGCUCGAAACCUCCCGAGCACAAACCGAACAAACCCUCGACCGCUCCCUCCGCCCCCUCCUCGCCCCGCUCCGCACGGCCUUCAUACGCCGCCAACUCUUCUUCCCGGAUCGCCGCCUCAUCCAAUUCGACUGCGGGAAAUUACAAGAGCUAGCCGUGCUCCUCCGGAGGCUGAAGCUUGGGGGGCAUCGCACCCUCAUCUUCACCCAAAUGACCCGCAUGCUGGACGUUCUAGAGGCGUUUCUGGCUUUACACGGGCACACGUAUAUGAGGCUGGACGGGGCGACGGGGCCCGAGCAGCGGCAGAUUCUGAUGCAGCGGUUCAACACGGAUCCGAAGAUCUUUGCGUUUAUCCUGUCCACGCGGUCGGGCGGUGUGGGGAUCAACCUCGUGGGCGCUGACACUGUCAUCUUCUAUGACAGUGACUGGAACCCAGCCAUGGACCAGCAGGCACAGGUGCGUGUGCAGAGACUGGACGGGGGAACAGGCCCCGAGCAGCGGCAGAUUCUGAUGCAGCGGUUCAACACGGAUCCGAAGAUCUUUGCGUUCAUUCUGUCCACGCGUUCGGGCGGUGUGGGGAUCAACCUCGUGGGCGCUGACACUGUGAUCUUCUAUGACAGCGAUUGGAACCCAGCUAUGGACCAGCAGGCUCAGGUGCGUGCAUGCAGCCUUAACCUGGUGGGCGCUGACACGGUGAUCUUCUAUGACAGUGACUGGAACCCAGCCAUGGUCCAGCAGGCACAGGAUCGGUGCCACCGCAUAGGGCAGACGCGCGACGUGCACAUAUACCGGCUUAUAACGGAGAGCACUAUAGAGGAGAACAUCCUGAAGAAGGCGAACCAGAAGCGGCUAUUAGACGAUCUGGUGAUUCAGAGCGGCGGAUACACCACUGACUUCUUCAAACGGGUAGACCCCAUGGAGCUGCUGGGAGAGGCGAUGGGGAGGGAGGGUGAGAAGGAACGGAAGGAAGGAGUAGUGGAGAAAACGGGAGUGGAUGAGGCAGCAGCAGAAGCAGCAGCAGCAGGAGAGGGAGCAGGAGGGAAAGAAGGAGGAGGAGAAGGGGAACGGGGAGGAGGAGCAGUAGCGGAAGGUGCGAAGGAAGUAAAGGAAUGGGAAGGGUUGGGCGCAGCAGGGAUGGCGUUAGGAGAGGAGGAGGAGGAGAUGGAUAUGAUAGCGGAUACCCAUGUCCGCACCCUCAUCGCACCCAAACCCACCCCCUUGCUCCCCUCUCUAGGAGCUGUGGGACCCGGUGGUGAACAAGCAGGAGGUGGACAAGCUGUGGGAUGUCCCUCAUCCCCCGUCCCUCAUCCCCCGUCCCUCAUCCCCCUCCCUCAUCCCCCAUCCCUCAUCCCCCGUCCCUCAUCCCCCGUCCCUCAUCCCCCCUCCCUCAUCCCCCGUCCCUCAUCCCCCGUCCCUCAUCCCCCGUCCCUCAUCCCCCGUCCCUCAUCCACCCCCCUCAUCCCCCGCCCCUCAUCCCUCAUCCCAUUCCCCUGUCCCCUCUCCCAGGUACGCGAUGCGAUUCUACGAGCUGUGGGACCCGGUGGUGGACAAGCAGGAGGUGGAGAGCGAGGAGGAGGAGGUGGAGGAGGAGGAGUGGGAGAUGGAGCAGCUGCAGCGGCUCAAGGAGGAGCAGGAGGCCGAGAUGGAUGA